AUGCUGCUCACGUGUACAGAGACUCGGUCAGUCCAGUCCACGCCAUCUUUCUCGGACUCGGAGGCCUCCUCCUGGCGCCUUCCCCCGAUCGUCGUGGGCCGCCCUGCCGGGGAGCUGUCCACCCCUGCAGUGAAUGAGCAAACGCGUAGGGGAAACAAGGCUGAGAAUGAGGCACCGCAGCUGCCGGGGCUUCCUGAGGAGCGAGAAGCGCCUUGGAAGAGCCUCUGGCUUGUGAACUACCUGGUGUUCCUGCUGGUCUUGAACGUGGAGAUCGUUGUUCCCACCGCCGACCAGUACGCACAAGCUCUGGGUGCGGGCGAAACCUUCAGUGGGCUGGUCAUUGCCCUGACGCCCUUCUUUCAGGGGCUUAUCGGGAUCCCCCUGAACUACCUGAUGCUUCGAUCUGGCAUCUCCCUGAAGACCAUCCUCAUCCUUAUGGUGGCUGGCAGCAUCUUGGGAAACAUCCUCUACGCCCUGGCUGGACUGAUGCGCUCCAAGAUCGCGAUCCUCUGCGCUCGAACGAUCAUCGGAGUUUGCCAGUGUCAGCUGGGAGGGCCGGUCUACAUUGCAAAGGCCGUGGGUGUGAAGAAGAGAACCCGGGUGCUCUUUGUCUUCUCCACUAUGGCUACGCUGGCCUUCACAGCUGCCCCGCUGGCAGCAGCGCUGUUGGAAACCUUCGUCAAGGAGCUGCGGAUUGAGAACCUGGUCCUGGACUCCGACACGAUCCCGGGCUGGUUUAUGGCGUUAGCCUACUAUCUGUUUCUCCUGAAAGUGGUCUUCUUUUUCGAGAACCCGGAGGAAGAUGAGAACGCUUCAAGCAGGCAUGAGAGUCCAGCGGAUAGGGAGGAGGUUCUAUGGACCAGUGGCUUCUUAGUAUGCAUUUUUGCAGCCUUUGCCAGCGCCCUGACCAACACCAUGGCCAUCGUCUUCUUCGUGAAGCUCGCGGAGAAGACCUGGGGCUGGAGCGUGUCCUUGACAGCAUUUGCCCUGGCUGGAUUCAUGGCCGUAGUCUCUGUGCUGUCUCUGAUCAGCAGCCGCCUUGUAAAGCUUUUGGAGGACAGGAAGGGUCUGCAGAUGAGUGCUUGUCUUGGUGCCAUGUGCUCCCUGGUUACAUUCCCCUUUUCCCGCGAUUGGCCAGCAGCCGCCAUAACUGUCAUGUUCAUCGGCCUGUUGUUGGUCCAGUCAUGUGCAUCGGUCGUCAAGAACUACGCCUAUGCACUGGCACCGAAAAUUGUGGCACCCCGCUUCAAGGAUCGUGCUGGCGCAAUCAACAUGAUUUCCUUGAUGUUGGGGCGGGGUGCUGGAGCCCAACUGGGCGCCAUCAUGACAUCUGCCAGUUUUGCUGGCUCCCAGCUCUGCACGUACUUGUUCCUCUUCUUCCUCUCUUGGAAGUUUGCUGCACAUCUGAAGCAGCACGCCAAGGCAACCUAA